CAUAAUAUAAAUUAUAACUUAAACAAUUGAUUCAAAGUAUGAAAGUAUGUUUAGUUUUUAUCUAGGUGCAAAACCUUACUUAGUAUGCAGCGACGUCGAAUUUUUGAAACUCUCCCUUAUAAAGGACAGUUACAAUUUUUACAACAAAGAUUGGGUGCUGCCUGAUGCUGGAAUUCCUCACGAUGCAUCAAAAUAUAUGCUUGGAAUAUUACUUGAUCAAAAAUGGAAAAAUCUGAGAACUAUUUUUAGUACUUGUUUUACUACAGGGAAAAUUAAAAUGAUGAGUACUCUAAUGUCUUCACCGAUAAAAGUCUUUCUAACAAACGUAGAGAAGCAAAAAAACCAACCGUUUGAUAUUUCAAAGUUGUGUAAAAAAUUGGUGUUUGAUAUCGUCUGUACAUCAGCUUUUGGUGUAACUACAAAUGUUCAAAAUAAUGAAACAAGUAAAUUUGUUGAAUCGGCUCACGCUGCAUUUUCAGCUGAUUCUGCUGAUAUUUUAGCUGCAAUAACAAUUUGCUUUCCGGAAAUAGAGCCAGUAUGUACGUUUCUUCGAUACAAAAUAGAUAGUUUAAAGUAUAUGCUGAAUCUACCUUCUUUGACAUACAUUUAUGAAAUGUGUGAAAAAAUCGUGAAUUCCAGAAAGAAAUUAGAUUCUCCUCCACCAGAUCUGCUGCAGACAAUGAUAGAUGCAAAAGAUGAAACUAUUAUAGAAAUGAAAAAACUUCCAGAUAGAUUUGUGAUUGCAAAUGCAAUAAUGUUCAUGGCUGCUGCAAAUGAUUCAACAAGUGCUACAAUAGGAUGGUGUAUUAAUCAUCUUGCUAGUAAUCUUGAAAUACAAGAGAAAGUCCGUGAAGAAAUAAAAAGCAACGUUUCUGAAGAUAUGGAUAUCCAGUAUUCUGACUUGUCCAAUUUUCAGCUGCUCGAUCACGUUAUCUCAGAAACACUACGCUUCUGGCCUUUCUCUUUACUAGCAGUCAAUAGAAUAUGUUCAGAAGAUUACUCUUAUAAAGGUAUAACCAUUCCUAAAGGAAGUAUUAUAACGGUUCCAGUACAAGUGCUGCAAAGUGAUCCAGCUUAUUGGAGUGAACCUGACAAGUUUAAUCCUUACAGAUUUUCGUCUGAGGAACGAAGAGAAAUUGACUCGAUCAUAUACCAACCUUUCGGAGCAGGGCAUAGAAUAUGUAUUGGACAGAGGCUAGCAAAAACAAUAAUAAAAUUAGUGUUGGCAAAUCUCCUGAGAUCAUUCAAAUUAGAAAAGUAUGGAGAUGAUAAUGACGAAAUGGUGUAUACCAUAUUUAUGAGUCUUCCUAAAAAUGGAAUAAUGAUUAAAACAACCUCAUUAACUACGUAACUUUUUAUAGUGUUUAAUGUUUACGAUACAAAACAGUAAUAAACAAAUUGUAUAGAUUUGUUCACAAUUUUAAGUGUUUGAGUAGACUUCUAUCUAUAUAUAUCAAUAAGAUGAUAGUAGUAUUUAGUGUCGGUGUUGUAUACGUAAUACAUAUAUAAUGUAUUACAGGAGGUAUUAAUUUUUGUGUUUCUCAUUACAUGUAAAGAAGGUUUAGAUAUUAUAUUUCGUAUGAAAAGAGUCGAGGAUAAGAGUAUUAAAAUAACUUAUCCCUUAUAGUACAGUAUUUACAAAUUAUAAAAGUUAGAUUGGGGGAAGCGCAGAGGAAUCGCGACAUUAAAAAAAUGUGAGAAUUCCGGCUCUGUUCUUAAACUUGUAAUUACCAACGUAAACAAUUUUCUGACUUGUGAACAAACUCUACCAAAUUUUAGAAAUUAUCGAAUAAAAGGAGUAACAUUGGUU